AUGUACGACAGAAAAGAAAACACUGCAUAUUACUUGCUUAAUGAGAAUAAAGAGAUCCGCGUCUGUAAAACUUUUCUGAUCAACACUCUGGGUAUCACACAACGGAUAAUACGGACUGUUAUCGACGGCAAAGCACGGAAUGAUGGCUUUACGCCACCUGAUCAACGAGGAAAACAUGGAAAGCAAUGCAAAUUGCAACCUGAAGUUAUACAAGCAGUAAAGGACCAUAUCGAAUCAAUUCCAAAGGUUGAAAGUCAUUAUCUCAGGGCUAAUACUAGCAGACAAUUCAUUGAUGGGGGUUUGACAGUCGCAGCAUUGCACAGAAAUUAUUCCGAAAUUCAGAAGCAACAAAACAAGCCUAUUGUAAACUACGACGUCUACUCACGGAUUUUCAACCAAGAUUUUAACAUUGGAUUUUUCAAACCCAAAAAAGAUCGUUGCGAUGAGUGUGAAGCAUACGAAAAUGCCUCUGAAGUAGAAAAGAAUAAAUUACGUGAAAGCUUCAACUUACAUCAGGAAGAAAAAAGCUUAAGUAGACAUGAAAAAGACAGGGAUAUGAAAAGAUGUCAUGAACCUGAUAACAACACAAUUGUUUUCACCUAUGACUUGCAAGCGGUGUUACCCUGCCCUGAGAACAUGAACUUUAAUAUGGCGAAAAAAGUCAAUGGUGAUGUUAUCAAGACCGGUGAUAUCAAAAGUAUUAAAUUCACCAAGAAUUGUGUAAAUUACCAAUAUCGAACCACUUACAAAACUGAAAACUGGGGAGCAAAAGCUGUUGUUCAACCAAAAAAUUUACGCGGCAAUAGAGGCAAUCGAAAAAUAGAUGAAAUUAUCUUGAAGCAAGCUUACACUUCAAAAAUACCAAUUACAGAACGCAAAAAGCGUGAUUUAUUGCAAUUAUUGAAGGCUAAUCUCGUGCCAAGAUACUAUGAGAGUUUUUACAAUAAUCUCAUUUAA